AUGUCAUCGGGCGGCGAUUGUAGCGAUCGUGACGUUUUAUUGCGCUCAAAUAUGUCGGCACCGGACGGCGAUUUGGAAGAAGGGGUCGUCCAAUCCACAACAAAGAAUGCCAAUACUAGUGACAAUAAAGGAGGUGUCGCAUCGGAUCUUUUAAAGCGUUUGGAUCGCGGGCUAUCGGGUUCGGGUCGUCGUUUGAGCGUCAAGCUCCGGUCUGACCGGGAUCACCGCCGCUUCUCUUCUGCUUCUUCCUCCCCUUCCUCUCAGUUACAUUCGGAUCACGGUUUUAAUAGUAAUGCCGGCGGCGGCGGUGAUGAUUUUCUCGGAGACAGCGCGCCGCCGGAGUGGGCGUUGCUUCUCAUAGGGUGUCUUCUUGGCGUUGCGACCGGCCUUUGUGUUGCAAGUUUUAAUCGUGCGGUGCAUGUAAUACAUGAAUGGGCAUGGGCUGGUACACCAAAUGAAGGAGCUGCCUGGCUUCGAUUACAGAGGUUAACUGAUACUUGGCAUCGGAUUCUUUUGAUACCAGUCUUGGGAGGAGUUGUUGUUGGCGUUUUACAUGGUCUACUUGAAAUAUUGGACCAAAUAAAGCAGUCUACUUCUUCUCAAGGACAGGGCUUUGAUGUACUUGCUGUAAUCUUCCCCACAGUAAAAGCUAUCCAGGCUGCUGUAACUUUGGGUACUGGUGGUUCUUUAGGUCCUGAAGGCCCUAGCGUUGAUAUUGGAAAGUCUUGUGCCCAUGGAUUCUCUGUGAUGAUGGAGAACAAUAGGGAAAGAAGAAUUGCUCUUAUUGCUGCUGGUGCAGCUGCUGGAAUUUCUUCAGGUUUUAACGCAGCAGUUGCUGGUUGUUUCUUUGCUAUCGAAACUGUUCUGAGACCUCUCCGAGCUGAAAACUCUCCUCCAUUUACAACAGCAAUGAUAAUUUUGGCCUCUGUUGUUUCAUCAACGGUAUCAAAUGCGGUGCUUGGAGAGAAACAGGCGUUCACCGUACCGACGUAUGAUUUGAAAUCCGCUGCUGAACUACCUUUGUACCUUAUAUUGGGGAUGCUAUGUGGAGUUGUAAGUGUGGUUUUUACCCGCCUGGUAGCUUGGUUCACUAAUGCAUUUCAAUUCAUCAAGGAAAAGUUUGGGCUUCCGGACGUUGUUUGCCCUGCUUUGGGGGGUUUAGGAGCCGGACUAAUAGCUCUCAAGUAUCCUGGAAUACUAUAUUGGGGUUUCACUAAUGUUGAUGAAAUUUUACAUACCGGAAAGACUGCAUCAGCACCUGGGAUAUGGCUUCUAGCUCAAUUAGCUGCUGCAAAAGUUGUUGCCACUGCUCUUUGCAAGGGAUCUGGCCUUGUUGGUGGCUUGUAUGCUCCAAGUUUGAUGAUUGGUGCUGCUGUGGGAGCUGUAUUUGGAGGUUGUGCUGGAGAGAUGAUCGAUUCAGCUAUUCCAGGAAACACUGCUGUUGCCCAGCCACAGGCGUAUGCACUGGUUGGGAUGGCUGCAACAUUGGCUUCCGUAUGUUCAGUACCUUUAACAUCGGUUCUUCUUCUCUUUGAGCUAACUAGAGACUAUAGAAUUUUGCUUCCUCUCAUGGGAGCUGUUGGAUUAGCAAUAUGGGUGCCCUCUGUGACAGCUCAGACCAAGGUAUCCGAGGCAUCAGAUACAAAGGGUUUACCAAGAGGUUAUUCUGUUCUUUCACCUGUUGAAGACAAAAAUGAAGAGGAUACGUGGAGACAAAAUGGUGAAGAGAAAGAUGUUGAACUCUCAGUGAUUGGGAAUUCCAGUAACCAUGAACUAAUGGAUGCGGAUAUAUUGCUGGAAGAUUUAAAGGUUUUGCAGGCUAUGUCAAGCAAUUAUUUGAAGGCCUCUCUUACCCAGACUCUAAAAGAGGCAUUAAUGUGUAUGCGUGAUGGUCAACAGAAUUGUGUCCUUGUUGUUGAUGCUGACAAUUGUUUGGAAGGAAUUUUAACAUAUGGUGACAUCAAAAGGAGCCUAUAUGAAAACCCGGGUCAUGCUUCCAAUGGCGAUACGUCAAAUCCAGAUGUAAAUACAUGUACCAUCUCCUCUAUAUGUACUCGUGGUAUAAGUUAUCGUGGACAAGAACGUGGACUUUUGAUUUGUUAUCCAGAUACUGAUCUGGUAAUUGCGAAGCAACUAAUGGAGGCUAAGGGAAUUAAACAGUUGCCUGUGGUUAAGCGAGGCGAUGGUCUAAGAGAUAGAAAACGAAGAGUAAUUGCUAUACUUUACUACGAUUCAAUCUGGAACUUUCUCAGAAAGGAAUCAAAUCAACCAACAGCGGGCUACCAGCAGAACAAAGAAGACGAUUGUGACAAGGCAAUUGUGAAUGUCCAAUUGUGA